AAGAGGCAGGCAGUUCACCAAUCACUCGCCAAUGCGUAAACUGCGUUACGGGGGGCUCUCGCUUAAAUCAACCGCGAAGGUGCGUGUUUGGAUACAGGUAUACACGGUGUGGCCACUACAGCGCAACACUUUCAUGGGAGAUAGGACGGAAGCGCGUGACGCGUAAUCGUCCCGACAUGCCACAACAGAGCUGGUGUUCGUGAAAGAAAUUACCUGGACUGUGGAGACUUUUUGGAAUUAUUACAAUUAUUCGACCCAGUGUGUUAUCGAGAUUAUUGCACGCCUGUUACAACAUAUGCAUUUGGAUUACAGUGGCUAACUUGCAAUUCCAAUGCUGAGAAGCGCGCAAGAAAUCACGUCUUGAAAGGGGGAAAACUUGCGGAUAAAACACAAGCGCUGAGUACAUCAUAAACCGAAAUAGUCCGAAUACAGUGCAUAUGUUUUAAACGUCAAGUGUAGUCUGUGUGGAUUUUACUGAGGGAAUACAAAUACAACAUCACAGAACCAUCGACCCCUCUCUUGGUCAGUGCGUUAAAUUAACAUCCGAGAAUAAAACUGUCCUAGGAUAAAACGGACGAUGACGGAAAACAGUGAAAAAGAGAAUGAACCACAGAACCAAGACCUGGAGAACUCACAGAGCACGGUGUCCAUACAGCCCGUAUCUAAGCUCUCCAGAACCAGGAGUGAGGACCACAGCACACCCUGCGGCUCUCCAGAACCAGGAGUGAGGACCCCAGCACACCCUGCAGCUCUCCAGAACCAGGAGUGAGGACCACAGCACACCCUGCGGCUCUCCAGAACCAGGAGUGAGGACCACAGCACACCCUGCAGCUCUCCAGAACCAGGAGUGAGGACCACAGCACACCCUGCGGCUCUCCAGAACCAGGAGUGAGGACCACAGCACACCCUGCAGCUCUCCAGAACCAGGAGUGAGGACCCCAGCACACCCUGCGGCUCUCCAGAACCAGGAUUGAGGACCCCAGCACACCCUGCGGCUCUCCAGAACCAGGAUUGAGGACCACAGCACACCCUGCAGCUCUCUAGAACCAAGAAUGACUACCCGGCUGCAGCGUCUGAAGCGCUCUCUGUCCUUCAAGACCAUCAUGCGCAGCAGGAGCGUGGACAACUUCUUCCAGAGGUCCAACAGCGACGCCCGCCUCCCUCAGGACUUCCUGAGCGACCCCCCUCCGCCCUCCCCCCCACUCCCGCCGGGCUCACCGCUGGCCGGGGACUGGUCCCCCUCCCUCUCCCCCUCCCCCUCCCUCAGCCCCAACCCGUCCCUCUGCUCCCGCUCGCCCACGCUGGCCUCCUCCCCCGCGCUCUCCUCCAAGCUCGCCCCCCAGGCCCGCCCCGUGCUCACGCACUGCUUCCUGGAGCACGUGUUCCGCCGGCCCACUUCCUGCCAGCAGUGCAAGCACGCCAUUGUGGGAAACUCCAAACAAGGUCUGCGCUGCAAAACCUGUAAGAUGGGCGCUCACCUCUGGUGUUCCUCCGAACUGUCCCAGCAGCCCUGCAACGGCAAGACCGGGUUAUUCAAACGGAACCUCAGUUCUCCGAUGCUCAUAAACGAACAGUUGGGGGCUGUGAAGGAAGCCCCUCCACCCAAAGACGCAGUGCGGGGCCGUGUGGACCCUGUGUAUGAGACGCUGCGCUACGGGACGUCGCUGGCCCAGAUGAGCCGCUCCAGCUUCGGGAGUCUCUCUGAAUCCCCCACACGCAGCAUGGGUGAGGGAGGAGAAGAGAGGAGAGAAGAGGAGGUCCAGGCCAGCCCUGAGGAGGACAGCGGUCUGGAUGCUGCAGAUGUCCCUGUCCCUGUCCCUGCUCCUGCUCCUGCCCCUGAGACUGAGGCUGAGACCGAGAAAGUGGAGCCAGAGGAUGGUUUGAGCAGCCAGAAGGCUCCCAAACGGAUUGAGGUUCACUCCGUCCAUACUUAUGUUGCUCUGUAUAAGUUUCUGCCACAGGAGCAGAAUGACCUGGAACUACAACCAGGGGAUCGCGUGCAGGUCACAGACGACUCAAAUGAAGAAUGGUGGAAGGGGAAAAGUGGUGAUAAGGUUGGGUUUUUCCCAGCGAACUUCGUGCAGAGGGUGCGCCCAGGGGAGAGGGUGUGGCGGGUCACCCAGGGUAGCCAAGGCAACCGAGAGACGGGUCACAUGGCCGUGAAAGAGUCUCAGAUCUGUGUGGGUAAGAGUGAGGAUGGUAACAGCUUCCUGAAACUAAGCAGUGGGAAGAAGAGAGGUCUGGUCCCCUGCGACUCCCUGGAGGAGAUAUGAGCUCCUUAUCGCCCCCUUUUCACCCCCCCCCCCCCCCCUCACCCCCUGUCCUGUAUUCCCCUGAAAAGCCCCAUAGGCCUCAGCCAGGAGGGGCAUCAUCCCAUCCCACCAAUAGGAAGAGGUUGACUGUAGGUGGAGCAGCUCAAAGUCCAAACUCUUACCCCUCACAUGAACCCCACCCACAGUCACAAGACUGGCCGGCUAGGCUUCCUCACAGAUGUCCAUCAAAUCGCUCAACCCCAGAUUCACCCCGGAUUUAUAGGCCCAGGUUUACUGGACCCUCGUGACUGUCCCCCAGUGGGGCGGAUGCUGAAAUGGACCCCUCUCCUUGCUUCCCAAGUCCCGGACAUGAAGGAGGGGAAGGGGACACUUUCUCCCCCAAAGGGACGGAUGGUGGACCUCUCGGGUGGACCUCUCUCCCUGGACAUGAAGUCGAAGGAGGAGGGGACACUUUGGAUGUUGAUACAGUUCUAGGUCUGGUGAAGGCUGGAGGAUGGGGGUAGAGAAGACAGAACGGAGGGUGGGGGGAUAGAACACAGCGCACGUCAUCUUGUUCGGCAUUCAGUCACACACACACAGAGAAACCCACCAAACCAAUCCAAUCAAUGUUGGCCAUGAAGGUUGAUAUUACAUCGAUCGGGUAGCAAUGAAAGUUUUUUUUGAUGUUGGUAGCCAUGAGGCAGGUCAACAAAUUGUUUAGGGGGGGGAGGAGUUUUUAGUGUGUACCUUUCUCUCUUGCAGCUUCUCUGUAGGAUUGUGGAAGAUUUGGUUUCCAAUGUCCUGCUGUUUCAGGUCUCUCCCGCUGCAUAAACAGUUCUAGCACUGCAGACAUCGGAGGGAGGGUGUGUGUGUGGGUAUGUGUGUGUGUCGCCCAUGCCUUGCCCUACUCUGCUGCACUCUGGGUACUAUAGUACUAGUAUUAGCUAGUCAUAGCUAACUCUGUUCCAGCUCAGCCGCCACACACACAUGCCAAACACGAGGACGACACAUCAUCAUAGAGACCAUCCACAAUGCACCUCUAUUCAGCAGUCAAACAAGCCUUUCCUUUCAUUUUGAGGAACAGACCUCGGGUUUGAUUUUUUUCCUCUUAAUGUCAUGGCAGUCGGUGGAAUCAAUGAAAAGCAUUACGGUAAUUUACUAAAGUGCACUACAGCUAAACUGAACAAAAUACUUGCCGUCAUACUCGGUUCCUGAGGACAAGAGUCAUGCAGGCCAGGGACGAUACAAGAUGCACUGAAAUAUCCUGGGGCUUCUGCGCUAUUUAAUACGCAGCUUAGCAGCUAAUGCUGUGGUGUUGCUGAUAAACAUAGAUCUCUUGCCAGUAUCUUGAAUUAAACACACAGUAGCCAAGUCAACGGUAGAUCAAUAUGCCAAUAUACAGUAUAGAGCAGUGACCUCUGUAAGGAUGUUAAAUUGUCUUCGGGGAUUGAACGGAAGUAGAAUCUGAUUGUCGAUACUUCUGCUCGAUGGAGCUUCAGGCACCAGAACAGAAAGUAACGGAGGAACGGGCACAGGUGCCCGCGCAGCAGGUGGAGCGAAGGCGUCCAUUUUGCUGGAGGAGCAGGAUUUGAGAGAAAGCAGGGAGGGAGCAAUUAUUUUAGACCAGAGGAGGUGCACCCCAGGUACUGGAGAGCCGCAGGACUUAACUGAUAAGAAGCUGGUUAUACCGUUAACUCGCCUCAGCUCACCUGGAUUCUCGGGUCUGAACAAACAGAGAGAGAGAGAGAGAUACAGAGGCAUAGAAAGAAGGAGAGAUGAAAGAUGGAGGGAGAGUGAGAGCUCUUUGAUGAGACUGAAGCAGUGAGUAGCAUUAAUGCUUCAAUGAUCUCCCUCACCUCAAGCCUGUUCCUUUCCGGAUCCCCACCUCACUGGCUUCAUAUUUGCAACAAGAUUUGAAAAUGGAUGGAUAAAAAGUUAGACUGUAUCUUGGAGAAUGUACAGAAGCCCCUGUACAGCUGGAGAGGCUGGGUAGAUCAUGGCAGAAAUGCAUGCCCGCUAUCCCUGUUUCCAACUUGCAAAUUUUAGCUGCCAUCAAUACACAACGACAUGCUGAAGAACAAAGCAACCGACUGAAAAACCAAAUUUCUGGACAACACUCCUGUGAAUAGCCUAGAAAAUGUGUGCACCGUCGAUGUAAUCCCUUUUGAUAGAUGACCAUUCCCCCUCCUUCUGCAGUGCAUGUGCACUGUCCCUGAACUUGGGCAAGGGAGUGUGGGCAGCCCCAGUCUUGGGACUCUUUCAAUGAUUUCAACAAUAUUUGAAGUUUUACCCAGAAUGUGAAAACAGGUGGAAAAAUGGAAAGACGAACACAAAAGUCCUACUGGAGAAGGGGUUGGGGGAGGGGGAUCUUGUCAUGUGAGCCACAAACCAAAAUGUCUGAUUAAAAAGUCAUGUUCUGUUUCUGGGUGGAGAAUUAAUUUGCUGCUGGAUAGCGGUCCAUCUAAAUGUUCUAGAAGAUUCUUGUAAUUUUUCAUUGUUUAUAAUGCUGGAACAGCAAUAACAGCCCAUGUGUAGCAUCUUCUAUAGAACACGAAUUUGCAUCGACGUGUAAUGUAAAUAAUGUAGAUGAAUCUUGUGCGUCUGUUAUUUUCUGUGUGGCAUGCAGACUGGGUCCACUGUCUCUGCUGGCCUGAAUAAACCCAUAAAAACCCCA